AUGGAGGGUCUCUUUUUCAACAUCGACUACGGGUAUGUGGAAGGUGUGGUACGUGGGUACAGAAACGGUCUUUUGACACAGUCCCAGUACGUCAACUUGACACAAUGUGACUCUCUUCAGGACUUGAAAUUGCAGUUAUCUGCUACCGACUACGGCAACUUCUUAUCGAACUACGGCGGGCCGCUUUCGACCUCAGUGAUGCAGGAGAGGCUUCUGGGCAAAUUGUACCAGCAGUUUCAGUACUUGAGAAGCCAGAGUGCUGGUACCUUGACCAAAUUUUUGGAUUUCAUCUGCUACGGCUACAUGAUUGACAAUGUCUCCUUGAUGAUCACAGGCACGCUUCACGAGAGAGACUGUCAGGACAUCUUGCCCAAGUGCCAUCCUUUGGGCUGGUUCGAGACAUUGCCCACUUUGUCCAUUGCCACGGAUAUCGAGUCGUUGUACGACACUGUGUUGAUUGACACGCCCUUGGCUCCUUUCUUCAAGGACUGUUUGACGAUCAACGACCUUGAUGACUUGAACAUUGAGAUCAUCAGAAACAGAUUGUACAGAAACUACCUCGAGGCUUUUGUUGAGUUUGUCCAGAACGAGCUCACUGGCCCUGAUCAGGAGAUCAUGACACGCUUGUUGAACUUUGAGGCCGACAAGAGAGUCAUCAACAUUGCAUUGAACUCUUUGAACAACCCAGACUUGACCCCUGAGGACAAGCUCUCGUUGUUCCCCUCGUACGGUCAGUUGUACCCCACAUACCACAACCAGCUCUCCACCGCCGAGGACGUGGAGCAGGUGAAGAACAUAGUUGAGCUGAUUGGCGAGUACAAGGAGUUGUUUGGAGACGCUCUGAGCAGCGGAUCCAAGAACAUCGAGGACUGGUUCUACUGGUUGGAGAUGCAAUACAACAAACAGGCGUUCACGCAGCAGUUCACCUUGCUGACGGUGUGGGCCUGGUUGCGUUCCAAGGAGCAGGAGGUGAGAAACAUUACGUGGAUCGCCGAAUGUAUCGCUCAGAACCAGAAGAACAGAAUCGAUAACUACAUUGCGGUCUACUAA